AUGGUGUGGAGUGCUGUCUUCAUCAGCCUCAUCCUUAUCGUCCAUGACCGCUUCUUCUUUCGGAUCACCGAGGCAGGCUUUCCUCUUGCAGAAUCUGAGCUUCGGCACGGCAGAAGACAACUGGAGUCUGAUGAGCAGACUCCUCGCAUAUAUUUGCACCAGGUUAAUCUUGGCCUUUCUCUGGGCCUUCUGCCGGCCGGUGACAAUGAGCAGAAGAUGUUGUACGAAGAAUCGUUUGUUGAUGUAUCAGCGACUAAGUUAGACAUACCUCAAGAUGCAGUGGCCAGACCACAGAUGGAUAUCUGCGAAGACCUGGCACACAAAGGUCAAGAGUUGUACGUCAUCGGCGACUACCCGAAUGCGGUGAUGCACCUCGAAUCGGCGCUCGUUUAUGGCACCGACAAUCUGCGCAUGCUCAGCGCGAUGUACUGCCUGCUGGGAAAUGCGUACUUUUGGAUGAAAGAUUUCGCGAAGGCCCUGGAGUAUCACAGACACGACCUGGUGCUUGCAAGGUAAAC